UCAUAGGAAGCGACGUGCUCCAGAGGGUGGCAUCUGACUCUAUUUUGGUUCAACACAGGGGGAUUUUGCCGUUGUAAAUGAAUUGAACAUUUGAGCCAUCAUGUCGAUUAGUAGGCUCAGUGGCAUAUUAGUGUUCGUAAGUUGACCACUAUUUCCUGGACACAAGUUGGACAGACUGCAUUAUCAAGGAGUGAAAGGUAAAAGGAUGGUGCGGGUGGUGUUUCUCCACCCAGACCUGGGUAUAGGUGGUGCAGAGAGGCUGGUGGUGGAUGCAGCUGUAGCUCUACGCUCUCGCGGCUGCAGUGUUCAGAUCUGGACGGCCCACCAUGAUCCCACACACUGCUUCUCAGAGACACUGGACCCAGAUCUGAACGUGGUGUGUGUGGGUGACUGGUUGCCCACCAGUGUGUUUGGGUACCUGCAUGCCCUGUGUGCCUACCUCAGGAUGAUCUACGUAGCUCUCUACCUGGUCUUCCUCAGUGGAGUAGAGUACGACGUGGUCUUCUGUGAUCAGGUGUCGGUGUGUAUCCCAGUCCUGAGGUUGUCUCGUCAGAAGAAAAAGGUUCUGUUCUACUGUCAUUUCCCAGACCAGCUCCUGACCCAGAGAGGCUCAGCUCUGAAAAAGCUCUACCGCGCCCCCAUAGACAGACUGGAGGAACUCACCACUGGCAUGGCUGAUAUGGUGCUGGUGAACAGUUGUUUCACUGCAGUGGUCUUUAGGGAGACCUUCCGUUCCCUUGAUGGGGUCCAGACUGACGUCCUCUAUCCCUCGCUCAACACACACAGUUUUGACAGCCCCCCUGAGGAGCAGCUAGAGCAGGGUCUGGGGGGCUUGAUCCCUGAAGGUGUGUCCUGCCUCUUCCUCUCUCUGAACCGCUAUGAGAGGAAGAAGAGCCUGGGUCUGGCCCUGGAGGGCCUCUCUUCCCUGAAGACCCUCCUCGCCACAGGCGACCAGGCAGGAGUCCACCUGGUGGUGGCAGGGGGGUACGACGGCCGUGUUGCUGAGAAUGUCCAGCACUAUGCUGAGCUGAAGGAGCUAGCAGCACGGCUGGGAUUGGAGGACUCUGUCACCUUCCUGCGCUCUCCCUCAGACAGCCAGAAGGUGGCGCUGUUGCGGGGCAGUGCAUGCGUUCUCUACACGCCCAGCAGAGAGCACUUUGGGAUAGUGCCAGUGGAGGCCAUGUACUGCUGCUGUCCCGUCAUUGCUGUGAGGUCUGGAGGGCCUCUGGAGAGUGUAGCUGACGGGGAGACGGGCUUCCUGUGUGAGCCCACGGCCGAGGCCUUCUCCCUGGCCAUGGAGAAGCUGUUCAGAGACCCCCAGCUCCGCAGGGACAUGGGCCAGGCCGGCAGGAGGCGGGUUCAGGAGAAGUUCUCCCUGGAGGCCUUCUCAGACCAGCUGCACGGGUACAUCCUCAGGCUGACCCAGUGACACCUCUGCUGGAGCAGUAACUGGGCAGGGGUGCGUUAGCGGAGCAGCUUUCGGUAGAAGUCGCCCUUCGACACAUCUAGAUCAUCAUACCUUCUCUCAAUCCCUGCCUAAAUCCUAACCAAAGAAUGGAGAACUGACCUGAGAUCAGCAUCUCAUUGGUGCAUUUUCAUCCUACUGCAACUAUAGCCAGGUAGAGGUGGAUGGGCUAAAUAUGUAGGGAUAAAAUAUGGUUACUGAGGACUGUGAGGACGGGAGGACAGACUGGGGAGGGGGGUAAUCUAGAGGUACGCUGACUGAGGAGGACUCUAGACAAUUAGUCAUUGUUCCUCCAGGAGGGGUUACUGAGGACUGGAUUACAGACUGGGAGGGGGUAAUGUAGAGGUACACUGACUGAGGAGGACUCUAGAUAAUUAGUCAUUGUUCCUCCAGGUGGGGUUACUGAGGACUGGAUUACAGACUGGGGAGGGGGGUAAUGUAGAGGUACGCUGACUGAGGAGAACUCUAGACAAUUAGUCAUUGUUCCUCCAGGAGGGGUUGCUGAGGGAAUGGAGGGAUGGAAUCUCAGCUCCAAUUAACAAAAGAGUAAGGACUUUACCCAUACUGCCCCGGGGCCUCUCGUAACAAUACCAGCAGCGGCCCUUGGUUCCAGAAGUGUGUGAGGGGGUGACCAGGGGCUUAAUGAACAAGAGCUACAAAACCACUAGGAUGGGUCUGUAAUGUGAUAGACGUGCUGCUGUGUGUUUGCACAUGCCACCGAGCGCCAUUAGCCAGUUGGCAGCCACAGAUCGAUAAGCAGGAUGUUUGCCACUUCCUCUGUCCUUUCAGACCUUGGUUACUUUUCACAAUGAGGGAAUGUUUGGCCUGUACAUUGCUGUUGCUGUCGGUCUCUGGGUUAUUAGGAGAUGAUGCUGUGUGUUGGUCAUUAUGUGUGUGUAGUAUAGAAGGUCAUGUUGUCUGCUGGUCAGUCUGUGUUACUAACCUCUAGAAGAGCUCUUAUUGACAUUCCUCAAGUCUUAAUAAAACAGUCAGAGGACACAUAUCUGGUUUACCAAC